ACAUUAAAUGAAUUCCAUCUAAUCUCAUUUAAUUGUUCCAUUUUAUUGCUGUCCAGUGUAUUAUCAUACUGUGACCCAAAUCCCUCCAUUGUAAUAGUGUUUUUCAUUUUUUAAUGUGAAAAAAUCUUUUAACUAAUUCUUCCCUCUAAGAAUUUCCAAUUGUCUUACCAAAUCUGCUGACAAUGAUUAUGGAGAUGUGAUGCUUUUUGUUGCUGCAUAGAACAGUGAAAGCUGACUGGAUUUUAAGCCAACUAUCUAGUUUGGCAGCAGACUGAGAAGGGGGUUCAGGGAGAGUCUGCCAGGAGAGAAGAAAGCAAAACCUAGCUGGUAUGGUGGUGAUUCUGGCCAUGUGUAACGGGAAAUGGCCUUUUCAUGAAUUUGUACCCUAAACGUUUGUGCCAGAUGUAGCAUGAAUAAUAAAAAAACAGAGACAUAUAUUGGUGUUCAGCCUGAAGAUCAGUAGUAUAGUAACACAUCUGGUUGUCUUGUAUUUAGUCAACAGCUAAAGAUAUUCUUCCUUUACAUAUUGGCCAACACAGCUCAUUGCCUGUUUUAGCGGUUCUGUAACCUCGUUAUGUCUGUUUCUCAAGGGACAUAGUUGGUGUUUUCCAAAUGAUACCUGAAGUACUACAACAAUGGUGCCAUCAGUUUUUGCAGAAGACAUUCUUACUGUAUCGACCUUUUUCUAGGACUACAGGUAAGAUUUUCUGAUGAAUGAUCCGUGUCUUCAGGAAUGCAAGUCACCAUGUAAAAAGAGGAAAGAUCACCACUGACCCCUUAUAUGUAUAAAUUGCCUAGACGUGUCCUUCACAUUCUGGAAGAGAGUGUUCCAGUGUAUUUCACCAUCAUCCUUUCAUGAUGGAAGCCAUCCGUUUGUCCUACGGUUUAUUUUCUAGGGACCCAAGCUACUUUCAUCAUGAAAAGACAGAGAUGGACAGGAUGGUGUCCGACUGCCUGACAAGUAGUUACCAGGAGUUAGUGACCUUUGAGGAUGUGGCUAUAGACUUCACCCAGGAAGAAUGGACUUUAUUGGACACAAAACAAAGGAACCUUUACAGAGAGGUGAUGCUGGAGAACUACCAAAACCUGGCUUCAUUAGGAUGUCAGCUCAUCAAACCCAGCUCAAGCUCUUGUUUGGAGACAGAAGAGUUUGGAGUAAUGGAGAGAGGAGUUUACCAAGAGUGGGCUAUGCAACUUAACACCAGAGGGACAAUGUUUCAGUUAAAAAUGUCAAAUGAGACACAACUGUCAAAUAGCUACGAUGGAAAGAAGCUCUGUGACUUCAAGCCACCUGGAGAAAUCAUCAAAGAGCCUUCAUGUAGUCCAGCACACAUAGGUAUUGAAAACAGAGGAAACAUGUAUGAUUGUGUUCAGCAUGGACAAGCCUUUCCUGCACACCCUGAGGAAGCCUCUUCUGCAGACAAAGGUCCUGAGUUAAGCCAGUGUGGAAAAGACACCAGUCUGGCUACAAGUGCUGCUUACCAGACAACAUGCAAACCAGCCAAAGUCCUCAAAUCUAGUGAAUUUCAUCAAGCCCUUAAGGCAUGUGAAGAGAGACUCUUUAAAUGGACACAGUGUGGUGAUGCUUUUAACCCACCUAUGAGCCAUGCUGGGAAUGGGCAAACAUGCACUGGAAAAAAACCCUAUGAAUGUAAGCAGUGUGGGAAAAGUUUUAAAUAUUCUGCCAACCUUAAUAUUCAUAUGCGUACCCACACUGGUGAAAAACCUUAUGAAUGUAAGGAGUGUGGGAAAGCCUUUUCUAGGUGUUACCCACUAACUCAGCACUUAAAAACUCACACUGAAGAGAAACCCUUUGAAUGUAAGGUUUGUGGAAAAUGCUUUAGAAAUGCCUCAUGCCUUAAUGAUCACUUUCGGGUUCACACUGGAAUAAAGCCCUAUAAAUGUAAGGACUGUGGCAAAGCCUUCACAGGGCGCUCUGGCCUUAGUAAACAUUUACCAACACACACUGGAGAGAAGCCUUAUGAGUGUAAGGAAUGUGGGAAAGCCUUCACGUCAACCUCAGGCCUUAUUAAACAUAUGAAAAGUCACAUGGGGGAGAGACCCUUUGAGUGUGACCAUUGCGGCAAAGCUUUUGCUUCUUCCUCAACCCUUAUUACACAUUCGAGAACACACACUGGAGAGAAGCCCUUUGAGUGUAAAGUUUGUGGGAAAGCGUUUACAUGUUCUUCUUACCUUCGCAUUCAUAUGCGGACUCACACUGGAGAGAAGCCCUAUGUAUGUAAAGAAUGUGGCAGAGCCUUCACUGAGCGCACAAGCCUUACCAAGCAUUUACGAACACACACUGGAGAAAAUCCCUUUGAGUGCAACGUGUGCGGAAAAGCAUUUGCAUGUUCUUCCUAUCUUCUUAAUCACAUGCGAACUCAUACUGGAGAGAAACCUUAUAUGUGUAAGGAAUGUGGGAAAGCCUUUGCUGUUUCUUCACAUCUAAGUAAACAUGUAAGGAUCCACACAGGAGAGAAACCCCAUAAGUGUGAGGAAUGUGGGAAAGCUUUCACUGUGCGUUCUGCUCUCACGAAACAUAUACGAACUCACACUGGAGAGAAGCCCUAUAAUUGUAAAGAAUGUGGGAAAGCCUUUACUACAUCUUCAGGCCUCCUCGAACAUAUAAGAAGUCACACAGGAGAGAAACCGUAUGAAUGUGACCAGUGUGGGAAGGCCUUUUCUUCUUCCUCCUAUCUUAUUGCACACCUGAGAACUCACACUGGAGAGAAGCCCUUUGAGUGUACAGUGUGUGGGAAAGCGUUCACACGUUCCUCCUACCUUCAGAUUCACAUGCGAACACACACUGGAGAGAAGCCCUAUGGAUGUAAAGAGUGUGGGAAAGCUUUUGCUGUUUACUCACAUCUCAGUAAACAUGUACGAGUUCACAGUGGAGAGAAGGCCUAUAAAUGUAAAAGUUACGGAAUAGCUUUCAGUAGUUCUCAUCUUACAGAACACAUAAAAACCCUAGAGAUAAAUUCUUUGAUUGGAAGGAAUGGAGAGACUGCUUUAGGAAGUUCUGUUACGUUAGGAGUGCAUUCAAAUUCACAGUGGAAAGAAAGUUUAUCAGUAUAAGCCAUUUGUAAAGUGAUUAUAUAAUAUUUGAUUUCAAAGAUGUGAAACAAUUGAAGUUGCAUAGAUGCCUCAUGAACUGAAAAGAGUGGGAAGUCAUCAGAAUGCUCAAAAUCCAGUUCACAUGAGCACACUUUGAAGCUAUACAAUGUCAGAAAGAUGGAAAGCCUUCACUGUUUCAUGGAUUUUUUUUUAUAAGUAUGGGAGACAAACUCUUAAUACAAUGUGGAAAAUUGUAUUUCUGCUCAGUGCUUUGAUUACCUACAGUGCUACAGUGGAGGACGUUGGGAAAGUAAGAAAUGUUAGAAAGUAAUUAUUUACAUUAAUUAUCAACAUUCAGUAAGUGUGAAGUGAUUCACAUUUGGGUAAAUGUGUGUAUAGAAUAUGGAAAUUGUUUCUAUGUCUUAAGACCUUGUAUACUAGCAGAAACUUGGCUUUCUUGAAAGUUUUGUACAUUUGUUUUGACCAUUUUUUGCAUUUUCAAUACUUGAGAGAUAUUUUAAUAUUUUCACUUAAUG